AUGCCCAGGCAGAGUGACAGAAGGGGAGGGAAAGAGGCCAGCGGGAGGGAAGGGAGAAUGUCGUGUGAGGUUGUGGAGGAGGAGGCCACUCGUAUUUUCUGUGAACAGGUAUUACUCCUGGAGCCAGGAAAGGCUCUGAGAAGUGAAACACCAUGAACAAAGUCUUCAGAUGGGGGCUUUAAGAAGCUCAGCCAGUGUGAGGUCACCCUCACCGAGACACUCAGUGGCAGCUCCAGCCACCGCACAGCCCUCUGCAGUGAUGGGAACAGGGCGAGGGCAGCCAGAGCCUUCCCACCCAACAGCCCCCCAGGAGACACUGAAGCCUGUGCUUCCCACACCAACCACACCCCCGUUCUGCCACCUCUGCGGCCGGUGCCAGGGACCGAGUGGACCUGCAGAGCCACGUCUGUCCCUCUGUCUGUCGACCACAGCCAGUGCCAGCAAUUCAGGAGGCCUAGUGGGCGAGGGAGGCUGGGGAAAGGACUGGAGGGUGGGAGGAGGAGUUUGGCCACAGGAAAUAAGGGGCCUGCAGGUGGCUGGGGCGCCCCAGAGCAAAGGCAUUUGCCUCAGGCCUUUGCUGCAGUGUUAUUUACAGUGGCUAAGGAGGAAAUAGGAGGGCAGAGGGGAGGCAGCAGGGAGAGGAAGGAGACCAUGGGCGAGGCUCCCCACGCUAUCUCCACCACCACCGUCAUGAGAGCCAAGCGAGACUGGCCUGUGGCCUGGGGCUCCACAGCUGCCCAGCUCCACCUCCGGCAUUUACUGGUCUCAUCCUGA